CAACUGGCUCUGUCUCAUGUUCUUCACCUACCUGGGCAUCGGAGCAAUGAACGUGGCGCCGCAAAUGCCGGUCGCAAUCGCCGGCUCCUCCUUCUUCAUCAUGAUGUGGAACCUCUUCUGCGGCUUCCUCAUCUACCGCAAGGACAUCAAGGGCUGGUACCUGGAGGCCUACUACGCCAAUCCCAUCACCUACGUCAUCUACGGAUGCGUCACCACCCAGAUGGGGGACCUGACGGACACGAGCAUCGCGGUGACGGGGGGCUCGACAGUCACCGUGGCGCAGUACCUGGAGGAUACGUUCAGCUACAAGUACUCCAUGCGCGGCUGGCUGGUACUCAUCCUGGUUGCCUUCAUCGCCGCAGUGCGGGCUAUGGCGUACCUGGGCCUGACGCGCCUCAACUUCCAGCGGCGAUAAAGACGAUGAGAGCAGCACACGUUAGGGUCCGAACGUCCGAUUGGGUCUGCGCCCUCAUGGUCGUCAUGGAGGGAUAGUCGGGAGCUACGCGGGUUUGCAUGUGCGCAGAGGGCCAAGGUCCGUUGGGGCCUCAUCCCUGCACCAUUAAUGCAGCAGCGCUGGUAUUCGCUCUGAGACUGGUUUUAUACUACAUAAGGAAUGAAGACAUAAUCGCAUGAUAGAGCAACUAGGUUGUGUUAGUUACUGUCUUCCAAGAGCAAGGGAGUGUGGUUAUUGCUGCUGACGGCACUGGUUGCACGGGAAAGGGGGACGUCCGGAGGGGGACGCGGAGAAGGGAAAUGAGUCUUGCAUGGUCGCAUGGAUCUCUUUAAGCGGUGUAGCUGGCCGCGUAGGUUGGAACGACAUGAUCAUUGUGUGGGGACUGGGGGUGCGUUAGACUUGGCGUGCGGUUGCAUGUUGCUGUUGCCUGCCGGCAACGUGACAGUAAGCAUGACGUAAGG